GUGAACAGAGACAGACUCGGAGCAACUUGUGUCUGCAGUUUGUUGUUAUGAACUCAUGUCGGACUUGUUUUCUCCUUAAGUGUUUAAUGACUUUAAUGAUUUAAGAAGAAUCUAGAACAAACCGAGCUCAGCUCAUGUCCCCCGCGAGCCGCUUAGCAUUAGCCGUUAGCCGCAGUUAGCCUCGGUUGUUGUUGAACGGGAGCAGCGGCGGCUGUUAGCCGGCAGGAUGAGCUCCUCCGCGGGCCUGUACACUCAGCUGGCCGCCGUCAUGGAGUCUCUGGUCCACGCUGCGGUGGCGGAGCUGAAGAAGCUGGUGGAGGACAGCUCGACCUGCCUGCUCCGCCUGGAGGUCCGGACCGGACAGGAGCCGCCUCUGCAGGCCGACAGCCGGGGGAAGAUGGUGCAGUUUGCCGCGGUCAUGGAGACUCUGGGGAACGAGGCUCUGGGGAAGAUGAUAAACAUUGUGGAUGAAGCCAAACUGAGGGCGGAGCCAGAACCAGGCAGGGGCGGAGAGAAACCACAAACCAGCGUCCUCAAAAUCUUCAGCGAAUCACGGGUUGAGGCAGAACAUUCGUAUGGAGUCCAAUCAGAGAGCUCCAACACACACAAAUCCACUCAGACAGAUCCAGAGGAGGAGAUGGUCACCGUGAAGGAGGAACUUGAUGACAUCGACCAGGAAGGAGACGCUGAGAGAGCUCCAGUAGAAGCUGCCGAGCCGGUGACCUCUGACUCUCAGCCGCAGCCGGAGUUCGUUCUGCAGAGCGUCACGUGGAAAUACUUCACAUGCACUGCGUGUGGUAAAUCCUUCACAUCUCAGAGCAGCCUGAAGUCUCACUACCGCAUCCACACGGGCGAGAAGCCGUUCUUCUGCGGCGUCUGCGGGCAAGAUUUCCGCCGGCGGCAGAGCCUGAAGAACCACGCAAGGACACACACAGGCGAGCGGCCAUACAAGUGUCCGACCUGUGGCAAGGGUUUCUCCAGCCACACCACAAUGAAGACGCACUCCAUCAUCCACACGGGAGAGAAACCGUACGGCUGCGAGACCUGUGGACGCCGCUUCAACGUGCUGCAGAACCUGCACCGCCACCUGCUCACCCACACCAACAACAAGGUCUUCGUUUGCGGCGUCUGUGGGAAAGGCUUCACCCGUGCCGUCACGCUCAAAAAUCACGAGCUCACCCACAGUGGGGAGAACCCCUUCAGGUGCCAGCAGUGUUCCAAAACCUUCUGUGAUGCCGUCAACCUCAGGAACCACCAGAGGAUCCACACUGGCGAGCGUCCGUUCAGCUGCCAGGAGUGCGGUAAGGCCUUCAGCUUGCGGAGCAGCCUGAUCUCACACCGCCGCUCACACUCCACAGAGCGGCCGUUUGCCUGCAGCUACUGCGACAAGACGUUCAACAUCGCCCACAGCCUGAAGCUGCACCUGCGCACCCACACCGGUGAGAAGCCGUACGCCUGCGACCUCUGUGACAACAAGUUCAACACCGCCAACAGCCUGAAGCUGCAUCGGCGUGUCCACACUGGUGAGAAGCCACAUGCCUGCGACAUCUGUGGCAGGAUGUUCAACAACCCCAACGGCCUGAAACUGCACCUGCGCGUCCACACCGGCGAGAAGCCGUAUGCCUGUGACCUCUGCGGCAAGACCUUCAGGCAGGACAACCACCUGAGGACACACAAGAAGCUGAUCCAUGCUGGCGGCAAGCAGGUCAUCUGUGACGAUGACCUAUUUGGUCCUGAGUUCAGAGCCACAGUGACAGGUUGGCUUGUUGGACGCUCAUUUUUGCCGCAGUUAGCCUCGGUUGUUGUUGAGCGGGAGCAGCGGCGGCUGUUAGCCGGCAGGAUGAGCUCCUCCGCGGGCCUGUACACUCAGCUGGCCGCCGUCAUGGAGUCUCUGGUCCACGCUGCGGUGGCGGAGCUGAAGAAGCUGGUGGAGGACAGCUCGACCUGCCUGCUCCGCCUGGAGGUCCGGACCGGACAGGAGCCGCCUCUGCAGGCCAAACUGCAGGCCGACAGCCGGGGGAAGAUGGUGCAGUUUGCCGCAGUCAUGGAGACUCUGGGGAACGAGGCUCUGGGGAAGAUGAUAAACAUUGUGGAUGAAGCCAAACUGCUUGUGGAACCAGAGUCAGGGAGGGGCGGUAAGAGACCGCAGACCAGCGUCCUCAACAUCCUCAACAACACACGAGUUGACGCUGAACACUCGUAUGGAGCCCCACCGGAGAACGCAAAUAUAAACAGAUCCACUCAGACCAAACAAGAGGAGGAAGAAAACCUGUUUGUCCCGGCAGUGACCAUUAAAGACGAGCAUGGCAACAUUGACUUGGGAGCCAUUGCUGAGAGAGCUCGAGUUGAAGCCGCCCAGCCGGUGACCUCUGACCUCCAACUGCAGCCGGAGUUUGUUCUGCAGAGCGUCACAUGGAAAUAUUUCAUGUGCACAACGUGCGGUAAAUCCUUCACGUCUCAGAGCAACCUGAAGUCUCACUACCGCAUCCACACGGGUGAGAAGCCGUUCUCCUGCAGCGUUUGUGGACGAGAUUUCCGCCGGCGGCAGAGCUUACAGAGCCACGAAAGGACGCACACCGGUGAGCGGCCGUACAAAUGUCCGACCUGUGGCAAGUGCUUCUCCAAGCAGACACAGCUGAAGACGCACUCCAUCAUCCACACGGGAGAGAAACCGUACGGCUGCGAGACCUGUGGACGCCGCUUCAACCUGCUGCAGAACCUGCACCGCCAUGCGCACACCCACACUGGCAAGAAGAUCUUCAUCUGUGGCAUCUGUGGGAAAGGCUUCACUCGUGCCGUCACGCUCAAAACUCAUGAGCUCAUCCACACCGGGCAGAAACCCUUUAAGUGCGAGCAGUGCCCUAAAACCUUUCGCCACGCCGUCAACCUCAAGAACCACCUGAGGAUUCACAGUGGCUUGCGGCCAUACAGCUGCGACCUCUGCGGGAAGAGCUUCCGCCAGUCCGUGAACCUCAAGAUCCACCGGAGGAUCCACACCGGCGAGCGUCCAUUCAGCUGCCCAGAGUGCGGCAAGACAUUCAGCCAACAGAGCAGCCUGAUCUCACACGGCCGCACGCACUCCAAAGAGCGGCCGUUCGAAUGCAACUUCUGCGACAAGAAGUUUAACAACUCCAACAGCCUGAAGCUGCACCUGCGUGUUCACACCGGUGAGAAGCCGUACGCCUGCGACAUUUGCGGCAAGACCUUCAGCCAGGGAAGCCACCUGAGGACACACAAGAGGCACGUCCACGCCGGCGGCAAACAGUUCAUCUGUGACAAGUGUGGGAAGAGAUACUCGGACCAGCGUAACCUCAAGCUGCACAAGUGCAGCUACGCAUGAAUGUGACCUCAUAAGAGCUGCAGCCGUAGACAGAAAAUUUGUCUGCAAUUAUUUUAAUUAUCAAAUAAUUAUUGUAGUCAUCUUUCAAACAACACUUCAACACUAAUAGAAGUUUUACGGUAAUAUGGAUAUUCUGGUCAGUCCUACCUGAAAUGGAUCAAACACCAUUUGAAGACGUGGCAUUGAAUCACACAGCAGGCUGUGUUUCAUUAUCGACAGUCUGUUUAUCGACAAAAUGAUUAAUUGAGGAAAAUAAUUUGCAGAUGAAUUAAUAAUUAAAUACAUUUUUAGCUGCAGCUCUGAAACGUGAACAUUUACAGUUUCCUCAGUUUGGGAGUUGGAGACAGAAAAACUUGAAUGUUAUUAAUUAAAGUUUUGUUGAGGAAAGAGUUUACUUAAUUUAUUUUGAAUUGUUGGGGGUAUUAGACAGGAAGUGGAUCUGUUUGGCCAAUCAGAGCUCGUGGGUGUUAAAGUGGGCGGAGCCUCUGAUUCAAGUUCCUUAUGAACAGUGAUCUGACUGAUCCUCCACACUCAUCACAGCAUCGUAUUUUCAUGAAUACAAUGAUUAACCUUUAACUUUGUCCCGCCUUCAGCUGCCUGGUAACAGAGUCUGAAGCUCUCUGAUUGGAUGAUUCUUACAGUAAAGCUUUUUGGGAGUUGACUUCUAUCCUGAAACUUAACUUUUUCUUCUGAUUUUUUUUUUUUAGCAUCAUAAAGACAAUACAGAUAAAAGCAAAUGAUGUCACCAGGAGAUCUGAUCAGAAGUCUUGUAUCAGAUCAGGAGACGUGACGCAGGCACAACAGGUUCAGUGUUUUUGCCACUUUCUGAUUUUUUGAGAACAGAAUUAAUUGGAUUUAUUGUUUGAGCUGAAAUCAAACAUCAUGAAGGAGGGUUUAUGAGUGGAAAAUUUUGGUUUAUGAAUGUGAGAUUUUGCAAGUAAAAGAAUGAAAUUGAUGAUGUAAUAUUGAUCUGCUUUGGUAGAGAAGUCUGUAAAAACACUAAAUGCAUUUUCAUAAAGAUGGGAAAAUUUAGAAUCAACAUUCUGGGAAAUAAAAGACAUGUUGCCAAAACACAGAGCUGUGGGGACAAAACUACAACAGGUUUAAAUCUUCUGGAAUCAGUUGACAAAAUGUGCGGACAUUCGUCAUCUUUAUACCUUGUGAUGUUUUUCAGCCACUGAAUAUGGAACAAGUGAUGUCAGUGGCUCCGCCCACUGAGAUGCUGUCUUCUGAUCUUCUGAUUGAUUGAAACCUUGAAUCUCAGUCAUGUUGAAACAGUGUGUAAAUGUGUUCAUACGCACAGUGUUGCUUUUUAUAAUUUCAUAGAUUCUAUUUUUCAUUUGUUUGGAAAAUAAUAAAAUCUGCAAAUUCAA